AUGGACGGUGUUCCUUCACCGGAGGUCAAGCGUGAACGCGUAGACACAGCAGUGGCCGCUAUAUUGCGCCACCGACCGCACUUCACUCCGUACCCUACCACGCUUAAUCUUAUCCUUAACCCUUCCCCCAUUUCUCGACCGCACUUCCACUCUCCCAUCCCUGUACCCCUGCAUUCACUGCGACGCCAUCCCUUAACCAUGCACGUCUUCCGCCGCAACCGGCCAGCGCCGGCGUUUCUGCCUCCCACUACUCUCUCCACGACCACAUGGAUCACCCGGGGUCGAAUGAACGCUACCUGCAAGCGCCGCAUUGUUCGCCCGGCCGCUUUCCGCAUGGCCUCCGCCGCAGAGAGCCAGCCCCAUGCCCAGGAGAAGAUCCCAAUCGCACCCACUUCUGAGAACAACAACCCCAUCGCCUCCGCCCCGGAACCGGACAGCCCGGCUCCAGAAGCAGACAACUCGGCCCCGGGAGUAGACAGCCCCAUUGACCUGACCUCAGAUAGCAACCCUAGCGCCGGCGCCUCGGAUACACUCGAGGCCGCCACAUUGCCAGCACCCGUCACCCCCGCUGAGCCCAUGGACCUCACGCUUGGCGAGGAAGCCGGCAUCAUCACCGUGUCUGAAGAUCUCGUGCCCGAGAAAGACGAAACCUGGCUCUCCAAUCUCGUCGCCUCGGCAGGCUCCAUGUCUGAGCGACAUCCUCUAGCGGCGAUGAGAGCCCAGGCCCAGGCCGACCUCGAGCACUUACCCGUGCCCAACCGCCGCAUGGAGGAGUGGCGAUUCACUGAUCUGCGCACAGUCUUUGCGAGUCGCUACGUCUUAAAUGCUCACGUCGAUCGUGAUCAGAUCGCAAACUUCGACUUACGGCAAUACGCCCCGGAUACUGCAGGUGUUGUCCUAGUCUUCGUGGACGGCAUCUACAACGAAGAUCUCUCCAUUGUGAAUGAUGAUUCCGCAAAUGAGUGGCUGGCAGCAGGUGGUUACUUUGGAUCGGCGGAGAAUUAUCAAGGCGAUGCAGCUGUCGUCAGCAAGAUUUUGACGGAAAGGGAGCUUGGAAAAGAUGGUGAAGGCGGCUUGUUUCCGACCGCCGCCCAUGCCAUAGCCACAGAUGCAGCCAUUUUGGAAGUGCCGGAUAAUUACGCUGUGUCGCGCCCUGUUGCCGUCGUUUUCGUUUCCACGACGGGUGAAUCACCGCGACGAGCAAAAGCGUCGGCUGCACGGUUAGCUGUCAUUGCGGGGAAGGGCUCCAAGUUGUCGCUGCUUGAAUCGCACGUCUCUUUAGAUAAGGAGAAUUCAUAUAGUUUGACGCUAGCGACGGCAGCGUUCCUUGUCAAGGAAAGAGCCUGGGUCUCACAUUAUGUGGUUGAUGAUACGUGCCUAGAAGCGCACGUACUAGCCAGUAUACACGCGGAUGUUCGCACGAGGGGUAGUUAUGAGAUGCGCUCUUUCGGGUUAGGUUCAAAGGUUGGAAGAUUUGAUGUGGGGGUGGAUUUGGGGGAACCCGGAGCUCACGGCCUCGUCCACGGCGCGCUUGUCGCGGACAAGUAUCAAAUCGCGGAUAUUCACUCCAGAAUUUGCCACAACUCUGAAAACACUACAUCCGAUCAGCUGCAGAAAAACGUCUCUGCCGAUCAUGGACGAGCCAUCUUCAAGGGAAAGAUUAUCGUCACAGAGGAUGGACCAGGCACAAACUCGUCCCAACUGUGUAAAUCACUAUUGCUGUCGAACAAGGCAUACGUGGAUGCAAUGCCAGUCUUGGAGAUUUCCAACGAGGAUGUGCAGUGCUCUCAUGGGGCCACAGUUGCGGAUCUUGAAGAAAACGAAAUUUUCUAUUGCCAGAGCAGAGGCAUCAGCUACGAAAAAGCCCAAGUACUGUUGAUCACCGGCUUUGCCAUGGAAAUACUAGGCGACUGCCCAUUCCCGAACGUUCGAGAGCUCGUUGAUAGAAAAAUGAAUAGUGUAGCUGCUUCGGUUGUCGACCGAGAAUGGAAGAAAACGGAACUGACAUCAAUAUAAGACUAUUAUAAAGCAACUUCGUACAACUGGCUAAAGUUUGUGGUU